AUGGAAUAUUAUUUAUUAGAAACUGCUGUCCUUUUUGUUGUCUUCAUUUGUUUUUAUUUUUACUUUGGCACCAAAGACAACACUAAUAAGGGCACCGACAGAGAUGACAGCCCAAAACAACAUAAUUCCGUUCCACAAAAUCAAAAUGAUAAUAAAACUUGGGCACAAUCGCAACCACCAUUUUCGGGACCAAAUCUAAAUAAUAUCUCAUUUCCACCCUCAAAUCCAAGACCAACACCACAACAAACAGUACAACCAACUCCAAAACCAACAUCAAGAGCUAGAGCAAGAUCAAAACAAACUCCAACUCUAUUAUUUAGUUUACCAUCACCUCAACCAACACCAAGAACAAGAUCCAAACCAAGACCAAAACCUCAACCAACAAUAGUACCAAGAUCAACCACCAUUCAUUUUUAA